AUGGAGGACAUUUACGAAGCACAAUCGGAGCUUUUCUCGUUUCUAGAAAAGCUCUAUACUAAUUUAAAAAAGGAUGGGGAAGAAAGAAAGAUGUCUUCAGGGUAUAUUAAAAAGAAGUUGGACAUUUUGGAAUCAUAUUGGUCUGAGUAUCAGGCCAAUCAUGAAAAAUUAUUGCCCUACGAAGACAGGGAGCGCCCUUACUUCGCCCGAAGGGAAUACGACCGCUGUAAGACACUAUACCUGGAAAUUAAAAAUUAUAUCGGUAGGGUAUCGAAGGAAUUAGCCACAAAAUUUCCAACAACAUUUACAAGCACAUAUAAUCAAGGGGAAGGGCCAAGUAAGCAACUAACAGAAUCAAAUAAACAGGCUGAACAAGGUGCAAUUUCUCCCGCACCCGUUUCAAAGUCAAGUAAAUUGCAAGAGAUGUUGCAUAAGCAAGCGGUUAAUUUUAAAGCUUUAAUGAGAACAGUGAACAGCAUUGAUUUAGAAAAAAUAACAACUAAAUGGAAAUUUGAGGAUGUACUACAGCAAUUGAACUCGCGAUGGGGCGUAAUAGACACACUGCACUGGGAGAUUGAUAGUAUUUUGGAUGGGCAAGACCAUGAGUAUGAAAAUGCCUUCACUCAUCACGAAGGUAUUUUUGACCGCCUCAAAGAAGCAAUCAACACCAAGCUUUGGUCUGUUUCCCAUAGAGAACACAUUACACCUCAAGUUGACAUACCAAUAUUCACGGGCAACUAUCAGCAAUGGGUUUCCUUUAAAAAUUUAUUUUAUGAAAUAGUACACGUCAACCCCACCUUAUCUAAUGCACAGAAAAUGCAAUAUUUAAAGAGCAAAAUCAAGGGCGAUGCUGAACGCCUGAUUCAGCACCUACAAAUAAGUUCGGAGAAUUAUAUAACAUGUUGGGACAUUUUGAAUCAUAGAUAUGAAAACAAAAAACUAAUAUUUGCAUCACAUAUGAAUAUGAUUUUAGGCCUGCCAAACAUGCAAAUUCAAUCGCUAGUACAACUUAAGAAAAUGUAUGAUGCCACAAAGGAGAGCUUAAAUGCAAUUAAAAACCUAGAUGUCGACAUAAGCUCUUGGGACCCCAUUAUAGUACAUAUUUUAGCGCUCAAAUUAGACAACCAAUCUCAUGCCGAUUAUGUGGAAUCAUUAAAACAACCGAGAGAGCUACCGGUCCUGCAAGAUUUUUUGGAUUAUUUAGAGAGUAAAUUUACCAUGUUAGAACAAUCUAGAAGAAAACAAGAACCUGUCAUUCAAAAACCUUCGUAUAUAAAGCCCAAUUUCUAUCCAACAUAUUCUCAGGAAGUUAAUCGUCUGUCAAAUUAUGUGAGAAAUAACAACUAUCAAGUCAACCAGCACAACUACUCUGGAAAUCGCCACUCUCCAAAACCCAUUAUGAAAACAUAUCACUUAUCAUCUAAGAUUAACAUAACUUGCCCUCUCUGUAAUUUAGAACAUGGAUUAUACAAAUGCAAGACAUUUUUAGAUCAACCGAAUGAAAUUAAAUUUAAAACAUUGAAUAGAAUCAACAUUUGUAUAAAUUGUCUAUUUUCUCAUAAUGGAAAGCCUUGCUCAUCAUUUCAUCGGUGUCGGAUAUGCAACCGAGCGCAUAAUACGAUUUUGCAUGAUGCAAUAAGUCAGCGAUCGUCGACCUCAAAACGGCCGGUAAUGUACAAAACACUAAACAAUAAUUCUUCGAAUAAAAACGGGGCCGGCAUGUCACACGUGUCGCAAAAUGAUGUGUCAGAAAUUUUACUUUCAACAGCAAUGUUAAGAGUACGGAGCAGCAAUGGUACAUAUAUAACUAUGCGAGCACUCAUAGAUCAGGGCUCACAAAUAUCACUAAUAACAGAAAACGGUGCACAACAAUUGGGGUUGAAACGGGAAGCAUGUCAUGGGGUUAUAUUCGGGGUUGGACAAAACAAAAACAAUUGCAAGGGAAAAAUUAACAUUAAAUGCGCGUCGAUAUACAACAAUUUUGAAUUCAACACAGAAGCAUAUAUAAUGAACAAUUUAAUCAAAAAUUUACCAAGUUUAACAUUUGAAAAACCAGCAUGGAACUACAUAAAGAAAAUACAUUUAGCAGAUCCGGACUUUAAUAUAAGCAGACCAGUGGACUUAUUGCUUGGAGCAGAUAUUUACUCAACAAUCGCUUUAGAAGGGAUCAUCAGAGGUGACUGCACAACACAACCACUCGCUCAACAAACACAUUUAGGGUGGAUUUUAUGUGGUAAUGUGCAUACUUUUCAAUGCAACAUUGUGUUAACAAACAUGGAUAACAUUAAACAAUUUUGGGAAAUUGAGGAAAUCACGGAAACAGAAGAAUUAUCAACAGAAGAUCAGAAAUGUAUAGAUUUUUACAACAAAACAACGAGAAGAUUAGCUGACGGAAGAUAUGAAGUAAGAAUUCCAUUUAUUGAACAGUAUGAACAAGAAUUGGGGUCAACAAAGGAAUUAGCAGUAGCACAAUUCAAAAAUUUAGAGAAGAAGUUCAACAAACAACCGGAGCUAGCACAACAAUACAGAGAUUUUAUUCACGAAUAUCAACAAUUAAAUCAUAUGCGUCGAUCAACAAGUAAUUUACCAAGUGAAAUAUUUUUACCACAUCACUCAGUUUUACGACAAGAAUCCACCACAACAAAACUUCGGGUGGUAUUCAACGCUUCAGCGAAAACAACAACAGGGAAAAGCUUAAAUGAUAUUAUGUGUAAGGGGCCAAAUUUACAACAAGAUUUACAAAAACUAAUAUUAAAAUGGCGUCAAUUUCGAUACGCAUACACUGCUGACAUCGAAAAAAUGUACCGGCAAAUCAAAAUUCACGAAGAAGAUCAACGAUUUCAAAAAAUUAUAUGGAGAGAUUCAUCGGAGCAAAGUUUACAAGAACAUCAACUAACAACAGUCACAUAUGGCACAAAAUCAGCACCUUUCUUGGCUAUGAUGACGUUAAGGAGGUUAGCAACGGAUGAAAAGUUAUCAUUUCCAGAAGUAACAGAUAUAGUUAUGGAGUCCUUUUACAUGGAUGACCUGCUCCAUGGGUCACACACUAUUGAAGAGGGUCAAAAACAAAUUUACCAAUUAAAUCAGUUGUUGAAAUCAGGUGGAUUUACGUUAAGGAAAUGGUCAUCGAAUGAAUCUGAAUUAUUAAGUAGUCUGAAUAACGAACAAAAUGCUGACACAAACAUUUUUAGUUUUAAAGCUGAAGGGAUCACUAAAACGUUAGGAUUACAAUGGGACUCGUCAGAAGACAUGUUUACAUUCAAUUGCAACAUUAAAUUCAACAACACAAAUAAAAUCACGAAGAGAAUACUCCUGGCUGAAAUUUCAAAAAUUUUUGACCCAUUAGGCUGGUUAGCUCCAGUAGUCACGAAAUUAAAAUUAUUAUUUCAAUCUGUAUGGCAAGAAAAGCUCAAUUGGGAUGACGUCAUACCAACUUAUAUACAACGUGAAUGGUUUAAGUUAAAAGCGGAUAUCGAAAACAUCAACAAUAUUAAUAUACCACGUUGGAUAGGCUGUUCGAAGGGUGGUCUCAUCGAAUUGCAUGGUUUCUGUGACGCAUCAAUAAAGGCUUACGCAGCAACAAUUUAUGGAAGGAUUCAAAAGGGAACAAAUAAUUAUUCAACUAUUUUAAUCGCUUCGAAAACAAAACUUGUACCACACAACAAGUCCGUCUCACUACCGCGACUCGAAUUAUGCGGAGCUCAUCUACUUUCAAAGCUAAUGUUAAAAGUUAUUUCAUGCUAUAAUGAAAACAAUAUUAAAAUGUAUGGAUGGUGUGAUUCUAUGGUUGUUUUAGGAUGGAUAUAUGGAGAUGAAGCUCGUUGGAAUACGUUUGUAUCGAAUCGUGUAAAGAAAAUUAAAGAAGUAAUGUUGCCUGAGUGCUGGCGUUAUGUGAAAAGCGCAGAGAACCCAGCUGAUGCGGCGAGUAGAGGCCUAACAGUUGCACAAUUAAAGGAUAAAUCUCUACGGUGGAAGGGUCCAUCGUGGCUAUCGCAACAUAAUUAUCUGGAAAAUAUAGUUAGUAAAAACAAUUACGAAACCAACCAUGAAACAAAAACAUACGUAUCGGUACCUAUAACAACAAUUCAAGAAAGCUUAAUUGACAAGUUAUUAGAAAAAUAUAAUUCAAUUAAUAAAAUAACAAGAAUAUUAGCAUGGAUACAGAGAGCAUUGACACCAAAAAGCAAGCAUCGACCUACAUGUAAACAUAUUACAUUGCAAGAAUGCAAUGCAGCAAAAUUACGAAUAAUACGUCACGUACAACAAACUGAAUUUUAUAAUGAUCUACAUAAUUUACAGAUAAAUAAUCGCUUAAGUUCAACUAGCAAAUUAUUAAGUUUUAAUCCAUUUUUAGAUAAGGACAACAUUCUACGUGUUGGGGGAAGGUUGAGGAAUAGCAUUAUACCUUACGACACUAAACAUCCGAUAAUCAUCCCGCAUAAUCAUAGAUUAACAUAUUUAUUAAUUGAUCAAGCUCAUCGUCUUACAUUCCAUGGAGGCGCUAAAUUAACAUUAUAUACAUUAAGAAGAAAAUUUUGGAUUUUGGGGGGAUACAAAACAACGAAGAAACAAAUAAGAAGCUGUGUAACGUGUCGUAAACAGAAUCCGGAGUUAAAAAACCAACUUAUGGGAGAUCUACCAGAUUCACGCUGUAACCCCGCCCCUCCAUUCUACCAUACAGGGGUGGAUUAUACAGGAUUUGUGGAAGUGAAGGCCAGCCAAGGGAGAUCUGUACGAACAACAAAGGGCUAUAUAGUAGUAUUUGUAUGCAAGUAA